AUGACUGGUCCAUAUCGUGUGGAAUCAAUCCAACUAACGGAUUAUCUCAAGAAUCUUGAAAAUGCAUGUGAAUCACCGAAUUUCGGUUAUACACAUCAAGGUUUGGAAGAUGAAAUGGAAAGACAACAAAGAAUUGAAGGAUCUUCAAAUUGGAUACGUGAAAGUGUAACUAGUACGAAUCAUGAUAUUCUCAAUCAAAUCAGUUACAUAACAGAAAGAGUACAAACUAAUAAAGACUGUCUACAUUAUCUUGCCGGGAUUACAAGUAUGGAGGAUAUUUACUCGGAUGUGUCUGCAUUCAAUGCUAAACGGGCAUUACGACUUAUAAUGGAAAAUACUGAUAAUAAAUUUUGGAGAAAGAAAUUAUCAGGAUCUGUAAAUCGUUGUUGGCAAAAUCUUGGCAAAUAUUCAGAAUUAGCAACAAUCCAUCUGAAAAAUGCUGCAGAUUUCCAUCAGUUUUAUUACGACGCAAGACAUCUCGAAGUGAAACUGAAUGAUAGACAUAAGAGAUUUCUACACAAUCGUAGUCGAUUCGCUGAAAUGAAUCAUGAAUUCUAUACAAAUUCAUCUAAAGAAUUACGAGAUUGGCUAAGAAGUCAAUUUGAUCAUUUAAAUUAUAUGGUGAAUCGUUCUAAACAAUUGAUUGAACAAUCAAAAUCACUUGUACCAAUAUACUUACGUACAAAUCGUAUCAAAUCACCAGUUAAUGCUAUCAUGUUGUGCGAUUAUGAAACACCGAAAUUUAAAUUUACCGCUGGUGAAAGAAUCAUAUUAAUUGAUAAUAUGGCUGGUGGAAUAGACGGGAAAAAGAAAUUUAUUUUAAGAACAACAACAGCACAAAAAGAUGAUGAAUUCACUGUGUCAGGUGAAUCAACCAACAUAACAUCAGAUGCGAUCGAUACAGCUACUGAAACAGACAUUGAAAGUGGAUCAAGAACAGAAGAAAUUGAUGAUCGUUCAAGUGAUAGUAAUAAUACUUAUAAUUAUUUACGUUAUACAUCCCCAAGAAUAUCAACAAUGCCCUAUUGGAAUUUUGGUCAUGGACAACAUAUUGGUAGUACUGAAGAGUCAAGUACAGAACAGACAACUACAACAUAUACUGAAAAUGUUAGUCCACUUGGACAAUCAUCAUCAAAACUUCAAUGGCAUAUAAGAAGUUUAGAUGGAAAAACUGAAGCACUAGUACCAUCUGUAUGCGUAUGGAUUCCAUCACCAGAUAUGGAAGCUCAAGAAAAGGCGAUAAAGUUAUACAAAGUUAUUCUAGACAACUGGAAUUACAUCAUAGAUGAGCAGUUGAAAAUAUGCCUUGAAUUUUUCACUGUACUACUCCAACGAUUCCUUGAAAGUGAUGGUUUAACAACAGACGAUGAUGAAGCAUUUAAACGAUUUUUAAACAAUUUAGUAUUCUCUUUAACUGAACCGCCAACAGCUGAAGCUGAAAAUUUUAACAAGGAAUUUCUACGACUUAUCGAUGAAACACGUGAACACUGGAAUAGAACGAAAACAUUUGGAACACGAAUGCCGGGUGGUAUUCAUCUACGUAGGACAGAAAUUGCUGUAUUUCAGAGUUUACUUGAUUGGAAUAAAGCACAUAUGAGAACUAUCAAGCAAUAUGAACAAGAAAAUAUUAUCCCUGUUGAUUUAACACAGAAAUUGAAUGAUCUUCAAGAGCAAAGUUUUCAUAUGAUGGAGACAGUUUCACUUGUCAAUGAUUUAGCGCUAAAGGAUAAAAAAAAGUUGGAUAGUUUACUGAAUCAAUUAAGAAUAUGGAAUAAACAGACAAAAGAUAAAAAUCAAUUUAAUCUUUAUCCAUUAUCUUCAAGUUCUGAUGAUGAAUGGUUGUCUAGUUCCGGUUCAGAGUAUAUCAAUUCUGAAAGUACCUAUGAAUCUGUCGAUGAAAUUGAAACCUCCUAUCUCCUACAACAACAACAAAAAUCAAAGCAUGGAACAACAAAACCACAUUUUACAAGUAGUUUACAUUUUCCGCAUAAAACAUUUAUCCUCCCGUCAAUAUUUACCUAUGAUGAAGAUCUAGCAUCAAGUUGUACAACCAGCGAAGAGAUACAAAGUAUUGAUGGUACUACUACACCCACCACUGUCAGUAGUAGUUCGUGUACAACAGACGAUGAAAUUGAAGACUAUCAAAAAUAUCAUACAACAAAACAAGAUUUUUAUCGCAUACCAUCAUCUGAAGAUAUUUUAGAUGAAAGUAAAAAUUAUGUAACCACAUUAAAUAAACAAAUUUUGUUGACUCUUGAACCACCGGUUGCAGGAGGUGGCAAAUAUAAACCAAUGAUAUAUAAAAGUAGAAAAUAUAUUGAUACUAAAGACGGUGGAGGGUAUUCAGUUGUCUACAUUGAAGUUGCACCCACUGAAGAGACUACUACAGUACUUGAUCAAACUGAUGAAAAUUUUACAGCGUCUAAAGUAUCAAAAUCAAUACAAGUAGAUGAUUUGUCAAAGAGAACAAGAUUCACACGUAGAACAUGGAUAGAAAAACAGCAUGUUGAGGAGGCAAAAAGUUUAACAAAAAUUGAAGAAUCUGCAAGAAUUAUACAUACAAAACCUGGUAAAAGUGAAACUAAAGAUGGAAGUGUACAAGUAUCGCCUAUUAUUCACAACAUUGAAUGUAGUACAGAAGAUUAUCUCCUGUCAAGAUAUGCCUUAUCAAUAACAACGACAAAACAAACUAUAGAAAAAGAUAAUAAGUCAAUACAAACGAUAGAACACUCUGACGAUUUCAUCUAUGCAGUUCAACAGUUUGCUCAUGUGAAAGAAAUAACUGAGGAGGAAUUUAACCGGAUUAUUCAACAGGAGGCACUGAAGCUGAAAAGUAAAAAUAAAGAAAAUCAAUCAUCACAGACCGAUGAUAUCAUAUACAAAGAAAUAAAAUAUGAGCAGACAGUUAAGGAAACAAGCGAUUCAGCGACCAAGUUAACAGGUGAUUUUGCGUCUCAAUCCAAGAUAACCCCUAAGCUAACCGAUAGACAUGAAUAUUAUGUAAAGCAAGGUAACGCAAAAUCAACCAUGACAGAUAUGGAUACAAUGGAUGACAAGGUACAUGCGGUGAAAGAACCACCAGUAAGAAAACAAGAAACAACAGCUGUAAUACAAGACACGGGAGCAAAACACAAACAACCAAAAAAAGAAUGUAUAACUGAAUACAAGCAAUCAGCAAAUAUACAUUACAUCGAAGAUGAAGGAAUGCAUUUAACAGAAAUAUUUCAGGAACAAAGCGAUAAAUCAAGCGAAAAAAAGAGUACAAAAGAAAAAGUUACUGUUUCUGAUAUCUCUAAAUCCCAUGUUUCUGAUUUGGUUGAUAAAGUUGUUUGUACACCUGAAUUUUCUUAUUCGAGUGUCUCUGUUCAGUCUUCUUUACCUGUUACUGUUAUUGAUAAUUCUCAUGGUUUACAAUUGUCUACGUCUAUUCCUAGCCCUUAUGUAACUUCCGCUUCUCACAUGGUGUCUGCUUCUCGUGAUGUUGCUCUUGUCUUAUGUGAUUCUUCAUCUUAUCACUUAAUCGGUCAUGAAUCUUUGCCUGUUCCUGUCAUUGAAGAAGAGGUUCCACUUGAUUCUGGAGACCUUGAAUGGGAAUUAGUUGAUGAUCAUUUGAAGGUGCUACAGCCUAGUUUAAUUAAUAUUUCUGUUCAAACAGAAGAACAAUACAUUCAAAGGUCUGAAUCACAUCAUGAAUUUUUACGCUCUGUCUCUGCUAGUCAGACUACUCUUCACACAGCUAUAAACAGGAAAAACUUUUCAGUACAGUACAUCUAUGAGCCUCUUCAAGAAAAUAUCGGUUGUCAAACUCAACUUUUAACACAAGAAACUUCGAAAACAGUUAAAGCUUCUAGUCAAGAUUGUGAAACAAUGACUGAUGAAAAAGAGCCUCAAGUUGCAGUUUUACUUCAAAAUAUAAGUUCUACAGAUAUACGUGAGCGGCUAAUUGAACGCUAUUACUAUUCAUCACCACGUACCACAGUACUUGUUACUGAUGCGGAGACUCAAGUCAAUCUGAUAAGCACAGCGUAUAGAGGACAUACAAGAGAUGUCUAUUUGAAAGAAACUUCUAUGGAUUAUCGUGUUAGAAGUUUCAAAGAAAGUGAAGAUACUAUAAUCGAAGAAUCUAGUGAACAUGAUGAUAGUGAUAAUGGUGUACCAGUUACAUCAACUGCAUCCUAUUCUGAGUAUGUUAAACACUUAUUACAUGAAGGAAGUGUCACAGAGGUUUGGGAAAAAGGCCAACCAACUCAUUCUGUUUAUGAAAGUUAUCAAAGUCGACGGGAAUAUGGUUCAGUACGCGAACAAGCUUCUAUGGCUAUGGAAGAACCAGUUGCAGCAGCAGAUGUAGGCAUUCAGAUAACAUUUGAUUCACAUACGCAUUCUUCACCAUCGGAUACAGAAAUAUCAAGAUCUGAAUCACCUUUAAGUGGAUCAAGUUAUACCUAUGAAGCAUAUAUGAUACGUUCAAGGCUAGGACAAAUCUGUGAAGUUCAAUGUCAAUUCUGUCCAACGCAUAUAACAUCAGCCUCUCAAACAGACCAUCAUGGACAUGGGAUACAAAGUGAACGACGUGAAACCCUAAGUGAAGAUAUAUUUGAUAGUUAUCAUAGAAAGUUGAUAAAAGAUGAAAUUGCUGAAGCAUGGACCCAGGUUGAACAUGAUUCAGAAUACAGAGAAACAACACAAUUAGAACAAAUUAGUGAACCUAUUGAUAUGAUUGAAGAACGUUUUCUUGAAAUCACUGAGAAAAAGAGUAAGAAAGUCUUUAGUCAAAUUAAAAUCACUGAAGAAUACACAGAGGAUGAAGAUUUGAUUGUUUGUGAACUUGGCGUACAAACUGAUCCACACGAUGAUCACCAUUAUCAUAUUACACCGAAAGAACCCUAUUCCUCUAUGACUUCACGUAUAGAAACUGAGAAACACUUGGUUCAUGAAAGCAUUCAGACAUCAGUUAUUCAUCUUGCCAAUAUUAUUGCUACAGGUGACUUAGAAUGGGCUGAUUCAGAAUUACGUGAAGUAAUUAAAACAGGCAUCAAAUUCAUUGGGAGGGAUAUUCAUCAAUUUGAAGAAACCUCUUUUACAAAAUAUAAAUCACAACAUUCAAGAUUCGAAUAUGAUUCUCCUGAAAAAGUGCUUGUCACCACCGGUACUCAAGUCAUUCCAAUAGAAUUGAAUUUAGAGAAAAGAUUCCAAAAGGAAUGGACAACUGAAACUAUGUCUUUUCAUCAUCAUCAUCAUCAUCAUAAGGCAUCAGAAGCCUUCCAAGAAGAAUCGGAUAUUUCUGAUAAAGUAGAAAUGCUCACCGAAGGUAUUCAUCACACGCCAAAGAUCUUAGUACAACUACGUCAAAGAACAUUACAAUAUGAGCUGUUUGAAUCCCAGUAUUCAACAACCAGUAUGCAUUGGAACAAUAUUCGUGAAGUAGCCAGUCCAAGAACAGGAUUAUUUGCUCCAGUUGCAAUGGCAAUAAGAAGAGGUUGGAUAAGAUUAGGUGAAGUAAAUGAAUAUAUUGAUCCAAUGACUGGUGUAGCCAUCCCCCUAGAAACAGCUUAUCAACAAGGUCGGAUUCGGUUGGCUAGUACAUCAAGUAGUUAUGAUAGAAGUAUUAUUACAAAUACACCAAUAUUACUACUAAUUGAAAGAGUCUAUUUCAGUUGGUGUAAAGCCUACUUAACCAGCGUGAUUGAUACAGCCACUGGUGAAGUAUUAACCCCAGAUACAGCUAUACUAAAUGGUAUUCUUGAGACAACUGAAGAUGAAAUACGCCUAUUGGAUAGUGCAACAAAUACAUGGAUUACUAUUGAAGAAGGCGCUGGUCGACAAAUCAUUCAAUUAGAACCAUCAACACCAACAACUGAAUCUAUGGAAGAUGAAUUAGAUGAACCAGCUAGUUGUAAAGUUUAUCAGUUGACACACAUCUGUCCUGGUGGGGAACCAUCACCAUGGUUAAAUCCAUUAGAAGCUGUACGUCUUGGUUUAUUAAAUUGGGAAAAUGGAGAGGUCGCAGCUGAUUGGCCAGCUAGACCAGUUAUUCGUAGUACUGAUACCACAGGACAAUUUUCAAGCGAUGAUUUUAUUCCUACACGAUGGUGUAGUUUCUUAACAGCAAAACAAGCUGGUUGGUUAAGAUUUACAGAAGAAUUAGAGCCAAGACGACAUAUUACUACAUCAGGUAUGCCAAAUAAUGAACCGGGAUCAUUAAUAUUAUCAAAACAAGUGAAUCUGUUAGCUCCGUCUCAACCAUCAUUAAAUUAUUUGGAAGAGGAUGACAUCUCUGAACCAAAAUACCAACAACAAAAUCACCAACCCCAACAUGCUUCACAUUCACAUCGUACUGAACUUUACAUUCCAAGAACACGAUCAGAAGAAGUCUAUCCAAUUAUAGAUAAUAUAAAUUCAUCAAAUUUAUUUCCAUCAAUUAAUGUCAUAGCUGGACAUAGUAAAAGUGCAUCAUUUACACGUAUGAAUACAAAACAAUCAGUAUUUAAUGAAUAUCAUCAUAAAUUAAUUCCUUCACGUAUACAAAUACAACAUGAAUCAGAUGAACGUUCAUGGGCAAGUGAAACACAAAUAUGGGAAGAAUAUCAAGAUACAUCGUCGAGAACAAUAUCACCUGAUAAUAGUGAUACACAUGGUCAUCGAUAA